AUGAGGGCGCGGCCGCGGGUCUGCGAGGCGCUCCUCUUCGCCCUGGCGCUCCAGACCGGCGUGUGCUACGGCAUCAAAUGGCUGGCGCUGUCCAAGACCCCGGCGGCCCUUGCGCUGAACCAGACGCAGCACUGCAAGCAGCUGGAGGGGCUGGUGUCUGCGCAGGUGCAGCUCUGCCGCAGCAACCUGGAGCUCAUGCGCACCGUCGUGCACGCCGCCCGCGAGGUCACGAAGGCCUGCCGCAGGGCCUUUGCGGACAUGCGCUGGAACUGCUCCUCCAUCGAGCUUGCCCCCAACUACCUGCUUGACCUGGAGAGAGGGACCCGGGAGUCAGCCUUCGUGUAUGCGCUGUCGGCGGCCGCCAUCAGCCACGCCAUCGCCCGGGCCUGCACCUCCGGCGACCUGCCCGGCUGCUCCUGCGGCCCUGUCCCAGGUGAGCCACCCGGGCCCGGGAACCGCUGGGGAGGAUGUGCGGACAACCUCAGCUACGGGCUCCUCAUGGGGGCCAAGUUUUCCGAUGCUCCUAUGAAGGUGAAAAAAACAGGAUCCCAAGCCAAUAAACUGAUGCGUCUACACAACAGUGAAGUGGGGAGACAGGCUCUGCGCGCCUCUCUGGAAAUGAAGUGUAAAUGCCACGGGGUAUCUGGGUCCUGCUCCAUCCGCACCUGCUGGAAGGGGCUGCAGGAGCUUCGGGAUGUGGCUGCUGACCUCAAGACCCGCUACCUGUCGGCCACCAAGGUAGUGCACCGACCCAUGGGCACCCGCAAGCACCUGGUGCCCAAGGACCUGGAUAUCAGGCCUGUGAAGGACUCGGAGCUUGUCUAUCUGCAGAGCUCACCCGACUUCUGCAUGAAGAACGAGAAGGUGGGCUCCCAUGGGACGCAAGACAGGCAGUGCAACAAGACGUCCCACGGCAGCGACAGCUGUGACCUCAUGUGCUGCGGCCGCGGCUACAACCCCUACACGGACCGCGUGGUCGAGCGCUGCCACUGCAAGUACCACUGGUGUUGCUACGUCACGUGCCGCCGCUGCGAGCGCACGGUAGAGCGCUAUGUCUGCAAGUGA